AUGCCCGAGGCGCAUAUUGUCCGAUUCAAAGUACUGAGAAUCGACUGCACGGCGCUAACCAAGGGACAACAGUAUACCAUAACCUAUCGUCGUGGGGAGACAUUCCGUUCCACACCGUGUUAUGUGGCCGACAAUAAUUACGUUGACUUCAGCCCCAUGCCAGAGGGUUCUGCCGUUGUGCACUUCAAAAGUGGCGGGCUGCGCUUCCUGCCCAAAUGGAUAAACAUUCGUGUAGAGGAAUACAUACGUGGACGUGCGCGUAAGGCCGUAGGUGAAACCAGGGUCGACUGCGCUGGCGUGCUUGGGGCUAGCAGCAAGACAGCAGCAACAACGGUCAGUGUGAGUUUUAGUCUUCAUGGGAGCCCCGCCAAAAUGACCGUGGCGCUUCUCGUUUACCCCGAAAAGCACGCUCCACUCUCAUUUAACAAUAUUAUUCCUCAACCGUCUGGAGGCAACAGAGAUGGCCGCGGCGUGGAUCAGACAGCGACAGGUUCAAGGGGUCAUGUGAAGCGGAUGGCUACCGAUGAUGUUGUAACCCUUCUUUUAGCUCUAGAGGGCCUCGCAGAGCGUCGCCGUGCCAAUAUCGCGCAGGGCAUUGAUAAGGACUCGCCCCUGAAGGCACGUAUUGCCGAAUUGGAGGAAAAACGGCGCGCAUUCAGCGGUGUGGAAGGCAUGGCGCAAGGUGUGGUGCAAAGCCGGACGGUGGAUUUAAUUUCGGCACAGUAUCUUGCUUUAUCACAAACACAUCGUGCAAACUUCACGGGUCAUGUAGCGGCGUACCUGCGGCAGCUAGCCGCCUCCACAGGUGUGCCAGUGACAUUGGAUAUAUCUCGCUACACUGGUGCAACCAUUGGGCGUGGUGGUUCAUCGUCUACUGUAGACGCAACUCAAGAGCGUUUGCAACGGAUGCAAAGCCGUAUUGAAAUGUUGUCGCAGCAAAUAAAAAAACUGGAGGGGGAGAAAACGUGUCUGGACAUAGAGCAAUCCCUGUCUAGGAGCCAGGGUAGUGCCGAAGAGUUGAAGGCAAUCACAGCCAAAAUCGAGUCGCUGACGUCUCAAAGGCAGCUGCUUCAGCGCUCAUGCGCCACAAUUGAAGGCGCAGGUGUGAAACCUAGCGGAAGCUACGAUCACACACCGGUUGUACAUGAAGUAAUUGGAAUACGUGCCCGUAUCCUUGCCCUCUCAAAGGAAGAGGAACAACUGCGGGAGAAGGUGCUACGCAUGAGUAAUGUCACUGUUGGGCAUGUGCUCAAAUGGGCCCGUAGCAAGGAUCCACCAAUGGAAGAAGUCCGCAAGGAUGACACGGGUCUCAGUGGAGUGGCCCAAGGUUAUCACAUGCGGAAAGAAAACCAAUCUGCACAUCCCCUGCCACAGAACCCGGUUCCAACGCAGACACCACAAAAAACUGAAGAGCCGGAAAAAGCAGCCCACAAUUCAAGCACACAGCAGUCUAGUGAGAACGAUUCUGAUACAGAUAGCGAUGGAGAUACUGCAAAGGUCGCAGGUGAUGGAAAAUCGUCAGGUAAAUCAUCCACAAGGGCGUCCAGGAUUACGAAACGUUUCCCUGACUGGGGUAAGAUCAGGAAGAGUGACAUGUAUGGAGCUACAGGACUUCCUUCAGCGAACGACUUUGAGGGUGGGGCGGGAUCAGAGCAGCAGGUUGUAAGUAAGGGUUCUUAUGGGGACCCCCUUGCCCCGGAUUUGGGAAGUAGCAUGUUCUCUACGAGAAGACAAGAAAGGGCGGCUCCACAGAAACAAGAGCAGGAACGAAAGAAUUCUUCACUAGUUGUUGGGUCCGAUUUACCACAACUAAACUUUGACGCCCCUCUCGAGGACACCACAACGAGCGGUCAUGGUGGUUUCUUUUCAUCAAGUUUUGCAGACGGUCCAACGGGAUCAAUUCCAGCUAUUCAAAUUGUCUCCGUUGACGAUGAUGCCUUCACAUACGAUGUGGGUGAGACGGAAGGUAAUAACUUUGUUGCAGAUGAUUCUAUAACGUACAAUACCUUUCAAAUGGAAGGGUCGAGUACCAAUGAGCCUGCCUUUAGUAUUACUCCGAGUGGACUUCCCACCUACUCAUUCGAGAGUGGUGGGGAAAACACGUUUAGCACGGGGGGAAAUGAGGGGGGAUUGCCUGUAUACAACUUUGGGUCCGAUCACCUCAGUGUCAGCAAAGAUAAGAGGGAGAGUGGGAAUCACACGCUUACUUUCAACUUUGGUAGUUAG